AUGCUCCCGAGGGACUGCCCCACACUGCCUUUUUAUGCCCAACGUGCCGAUUCCUGCACCACAAGCGGGCGCGGACUCACAAGGCACAGCUUAGUUAGCCAUGGGUUCCGGCCGAAUACCGUGAUAUCAAGCCAAUGCAGACAGUGCAAAGAGACGAACCCGCACCAAUUGCGAUACCCCAUCUUCAAGAGCGUACGCUGUCACUUUGCGGCGGACGGGGGCAUUGUGGAGAAGCCAUGCUUCACGACAAAGCUACCCCAACACCUUAUUGCAGUGAAGAGGCCUUUUCCUUCACGACCCCCUCCGGCGGACAAGGCGCCUGUCGUGGCAAACCGUGGGUUAAUUCCAUUCCCGUUCAUUCUUUCAGUAUUUUAUUGGCCCAUGCCCCACCAAACAGCACAACACCCAACCCUCUGGAAGGAUUUCUCGGGGCCGGGCCGGUCAGUCUGUGGUUCUCCAGGUGUUGAAGCCGCCGCCCGCAGCCCCCAGCGCGAGUUUCCCCACCGGCGGGGCUGCAACAAAACGGGGGAGAAAGACAGACACAACGAAAACAACAGUCAAAAACAAGGAAGCAUGCAGUAA